GAAGUUCACUUCCGGUUCUCCGACCUUCACCUGUAUUAUGGACACAUCCAAGAUGAAGUGACAAGCCCACUUUCAAGCUGUCAAACAUCUUCCAUAUCUCGAUAUAGAUUAGUGAUGACUGAAAAUGAAUUUCUUUAACAUUAUUGCUUAUUGAAUACAAUCAAAUAUUGAAAUAAUCCUGUAGACAUAUAGUUAAAAGUUCCAGUGCGACAAUUAUAUUCUGCCAUGUUGCAAUGAAUUUGAAAGCAAAAUGUCUUGGUUUAAAAGAGGAAGAAACGAUUCAAAACUUUCCAGUAAGUCUGGUAGCAGUGAUAGCUUGCUUGAUGGUCGCCCACGAUCAGAAACAGACCCGCAUACAUGCUUGGAAGUUUUCAAAAACCACUGGAGUCAAGCUGUUGGUAUUAUAAACAAGGGUCAGAUACAAGAUAAAGGGCAACAGGCAAUUGAUGAGGUUGAUACUGUCUUUCAGAACUUUGAGCAGAUGUUGACACUACUAGAAAAUGAGGAAGGUCUGGACGACAAUGGUCAAGGAAUGCCAGGACCUAUACUUCAUUACUUGUUAGAGAAUCAGAUAUUUGAGAAAGUAUCUGUAUGGUGUCAAAGUCAAACAGAACAGACAGACAAAAUUAUAUUGGAACAGUUACGACUUUAUGAACAAUUGAUUAGUCAGUCCCAUCAAAUUCUUUUAAUUCAUAAAGCUGUAAUUCAACCUUUAUUAAGACUUUUAUCGUUUUGUGAAGAGACUCAAAACUCUGCCGAAAUUGAAGUUAGACUUGUUCUCGUUUUGCAUCAAAUUUGUGUGUGCAUAUCACAACAAACUUUAAUUUUAGAAAGCUUCUUCAACACAAAUGCUAACCAUGGACCAGCACGUUUCCUGAUUUUUUCAUUGUUGAUACCAUUUAUUCAUAGAGAAAGAAGGAUUGGGCAGCAAGCUAGGGAUGCUUUAUUAUUGAUUAUGUCCCUUUCAUCAAAACAUCCUCAUAUUGGGCAGUACAUAGCAGAACACUCAGACUUUUGUCCUGUAUUAGCUACUGGUUUAAGUGGAUUGUAUUCGUCAUUGCCAAGAAAGCUACCAAACACGUCAGAGGAUUGGUCAUGUAUCACUCAGAAAGACAUAACAGUAACUCCAGAACUACAGAUGUUCCUUAACUCAUUAGAAUUCUGUAAUGCAGUAGUACAGAUCUCUGACCCUCAAGUUAGAUGUCAGUUGAUACAGUAUAUAUAUGAUGGAUUCCUGGUACCUGUGUUAGGACCUGCAUUACACCAGGAUGUAUCAGGACUUCCACUACCUCUGCUAGAUUCACCAAUGUUUUUGAAUUCUAGAGAGGAAGUAAUAGCAGCUACAGCGUAUCUAGAAUUGUUCCUCAGGAAGAUCACAGAGCCGGCCUUAACUAGAGCUUUUAUACGCUUUAUACUGACAGAACAGAAUGAUGAGAUUAUUAUCUUAGACUCACUCACAACAAGGAUUAAUAGUAGUUCUAGAUUACUAUGCUCAGCCUCCUUGUCGUUAUUCAAAACCUUGGUAGAUUUAAAUUGUGAAGAUGUAAUGUUUGAAAUUAUAUUCAAGCAUCUUAUUCCAUGUUCACAUGUUAUGGUCAGUCAGAGAAGAGCUGUCAAAGAUUUAGAUUUGUACAGUAAAAGUUCAGAAAGAUUCCUGUCCCUCCGUCCAAGUUGUUUGGUGACUGGUUCCCAAGAUAUUCAUAAGAUACCAGAUAUUGAUACUGACAGAUCAAACAACCUUAAAAUAACUGUAAAUAGGCCAAAAAGAGGUCUCAGCAGUUUUCUACUUGCUCGGAAACAAGAACUGGAGCAUCAAAAAGUCAGGUACUGAUUGCUUUUAGAAGUCUGUCA